AUGGCGAAUACCCGUUCGACAUAUGGGAAUGUCAACAAUAAAAGCGAUUUUAAUGUAGACGAGAUCAUUGUCAAAAUCCUAAAUAUAGGAUCGAUUGGAACCAAUUUCGAGGCGAUCAUAUCAACAAAACACCUAUUUUCUUUGUUGGAUGUCGUCAAAGAUGUCUUCAUGAAACAAGGAGUAAUGCUGGAACUCGAAGCACCUGUCAAAAUCUGUGGCGACGUUCAUGGACAGUAUUCCGAUGUGCUUCGUCUGUUUGAUCGAGGUGGUUUCCCUCCACUCGUCAAUUAUCUCUUCCUCGGUGAUUACGUCGAUCGUGGACCACAGAGUCUUGAAGUCGUUUGUCUGUUCUUGGCCUACAAAGUUAAGUUUCCCGGAAAUUUCUUCAUGCUACGUGGCAAUCAUGAGUGCGGAUCGAUUAAUCGUGUCUAUGGAUUUCUAGACGAAGUUUGUAGGAAAUACGGACCGAAAGUGGGGGCAGGACUGUGGAACACUUUCCAGUACACCUUCUCUUGUAUGCCAAUGACUGCUCUUGUUUCUGGAAAGAUUCUUUGUAUGCACGGAGGGAUCAGCUGCAAAAUGAAGAACUUGAAUCAGCUUCGAAAGAUUGCUCGUCCACAACUGGAAGUUCCAAAUCCAAGCAUGGAAAUUGACAUUCUGUGGUCAGAUCCAGAUACCACUAUUGAUGGGUUUGACGACAGUACAAGAGGCGUCGGACAAGUUUUUGGAGAAGCCGCUCUCAAAUCUGUGAUGUCAAAUUUGGGAGUGGAGUUGGUGGCACGUGCUCAUCAGGUUGUUCAAGAUGGAUACGAAUUCUUUUGCAAGAAGAGACUCGUCACCAUCUUCUCAGCUCCUCAUUAUUGUGGAGAAUUCGAUAAUGCUGCUGCCAUGAUGAAUGUUGAUAAAAACUUGACAUGUUCAUUCCAGAUCAUGCGACCAGUGAGAAAAGAUGUCUCCAAAAAGGACGAAAAUAACUGA